CCCAAAUACAUUUUAUCAUAACCUCCAUUAAACUGAUUGUCAUAUAGCCUUCUGAAAAAAAUUAUACUUCAUUAGAGCACUUCUUAAAAAUGCAACGCAUUAACAGAACCCUACUUUCAGCACCGAAAGCCUUCAAAAUCAUCCAGAGAACCUGCACCAAAAACCCUCCGAGCCAGGAACCUCCACAGGAAUCCAAUAUUCCUAAAGAACCUCAAGCACCUCCACAAAAAAAGGAAGACCCACUCUUAAAAGCGGCGAAAACCAAAUACGCUAAAAUCGAUGGACCUGUUUUUGUUGCGGCACAUGUUGGAGAAGGUUUUACCAGGGCUGCAGUGAUCUGUUCCAAAGGAAAGAUUAUGGGGAUCGCACUUAGGCCCUGUAAGCUGUAUGAAAAAGGGAUAUUUUGUGAAAUGUCUUCUGAGGAGGUGUGGAAUAGCUUGAAGACUUGCAUUAAGAAAGCUGUAUCACUAACUAAAGGUAAGGAUAUUAAAGGAAUUGGAUUUACUGCUUUGCCUGCCUUGGUAACUCUUGAUAAAGAUGCCAAACCACUAACUGCCAGUACUAGUCGCAAUCCGAACAUAAACGUAAUUAUCCAUUUUGAUAAACGUUCAUGUUUGGAAGCCCUUAAAAUUGCCAAAACUAGACACUCCCUUUUACGGUACCUUGGCGAUAAUAUUCAUGCCGAUAUUUACGAAACAAAGCUGCUUUGGCUGAAAAAUAACUUGAGGGAAGAAUGCUGGGAUAAAGUGGGACAUUUUUUCAGCUUAACAGAUUUUUUGACUUGGAAAGCCACUGGGUCGCUUGUCAGAUCUUCUAGUACCCUACGGUCUCUUUGGAGCUACGAAAUUACUGCUAAUGGCAAAGAAGGCUGGAACGCCCAGUAUUUCACCGAAAUAGGUAUUCCAGAGGUGGCAGAUGAUAAUUUUAAAAUGAUCGGUAGUCAAAUUCAGCGACCAGGAACCCCAAUAGAAAACGGCCUAUCGGAAAACCUGGCUAUUGAGUUAGGCUUACCACCACACUUACCGGUUCCAAGUGGUCUUCCCGAUAUGUAUGCCGGAUGUUUAGGUAUCAUCGGGUGUAAUGUUAAAGAAAUUACCGACGAUGUCACACGAAGACUUUGUAUCGUCUAUGACAUGAAAUCAGCCUCCCAGUUUGUGGUGUCUCACGAGCCCCAUUUUAUAACAGGGGUUCGUGGUCCCUUUUUAGACUGCGUGCUCCCUAACAAGUGGCUAAACCACGCCGGGCAAACUACCGCCGAGAGCAUUUUAGAAUACAUCAUAGACACGCAUCCUGCCUCAGCGGAAAUAAGGAAACAAAUAGCCGAAAUGCAUAUUCAUAAAUACUUGAAUAAAAUCCUAAAGACAAUUGCACAAAAAAAGAAUUUAACCGCAAGAACGUUCCUUACGAGAUAUGUACACGUUUUGCCAGAUAUUAAUGGAAAUCAUAGUCCUUUAGCUGACCCAUAUAUUAGGGGGAUGAUUUCUGGUCUAACGGGAUCUUACAGUCAAGAAUCUUUGGCUAUUUUAUACCUCGCUGCAAUGCAAUCUAUAGCGUAUAGCUCGAAGCAUAUUAUAAGCACAAUGACGCAGAACGGUCAUGAUAUUAGAAGCGUUAUUAUUGGCGGCCAUAUGGGGAAAAAUUCCCUAUUUGCAUCAAUACAUAGAGACAUCACCAGGUUACCAGUUGUGAUACCCGAUGAGCCCAAAUGUAAACUCAUGGGAGCAGCAAUUUUGGCUGGUAUUGCUUCUCAAUACUUCCGAGACUUCGACCACGCGAUGCAAGAGAUGUGCGGAAGUGGGCAAGUGCUACUCCCAGAUGAUGAUAGCGAACUAAUCGAAUAUCACGAGAAGAAGUACCAAGUUUUUUUAAAAAUGUAUGAUCACCAGCUGGAGUACAGGAGGAUCAUGGGAGACGUUAAAGAAGAGACUGUCCACGUUUUUCAUGAAGCAUAAUAAAUUAUUUUUCAAAUUAAACUUACCAGGUCCUUGGAUCGCUCCAAUCUUUGACCAUUUUUCCACCAAGUUAUCGUAGCAGGAGGUCUAGAGCCAGUGCUUUGACAUAGUAAAUCGUAUCUUCGACCUGCAGAUAAUGGCUGGUUUGGACCUAACAGUUUAACAUCCAGUGGGCCAACUACAAAAAAAAUUACACAAAUUUAUAUUUUGUAUAUAACACAGAGACUUUUACAUAUUUGAAUAAUUCAUAGCAUGUUUACAACCUAAUUUAAAAAAGUCCAUAAAAUAACUCUAAUGAAAAUAUAUUUUGCUACGGAAAUUCUUUCGGUGGCUAUCAUGCUACAGGGCA